CAUGAUAGUAUUUUAUGGUUAGGUUAUGUUGUGGGUGGUUACUUUUUGUCUCUCCUCGUGUACUCUAAUUUAUUAAGCAACAAUUUUUAAAUUUUGAUAAUUUUGAUAGUGAUUUUGAUACAUUUAAAGGCUGUCAGUUAGUUUACACAAUAAGGGUUUACAUUAAAUGGAAUGGAGUCAUCAGUUCGAGAACCUGGCUUUUGCCCUAAAUGUGGAACCAUAUUACCUCUAAUUGGAGCAGCUGGAGGAGUAACUUGUUAUUUGUGCAAAAAUUCAUAUGGGCCUGAUGUAUUUGGAAGGAUGGAAUCCUGCUACAAAUUAUACUUCAACAGAUAUGAUGCCAGCAAAAAAACACACGUGGAUGAUGACGAAGAGGAAGCUGAUGGACCAGUAGUAGAGCGGAGAUGCCCCAAGUGUAACAAUGACAAGAUGUCAUAUGCGACAUUACAACUGCGGUCUGCAGAUGAAGGCCAGACUGUGUUUUACACGUGCACAAAAUGCAAAUUCAAGGAGUCGGAAAAUUCCUGAAUACAUGUGACACUGUUUGAAAAGUUGAUGUGUAUUAUAGACUAAUAAAUAUUUUAGUUUUUA